AUGUCCAUUUUUUAUUUAAUCCAGCUGUAUAAAAGUGCGGGAGAAGAUGUCAUCCAACUGUUUGAUCUUUCUGUCAUUCCAAAAAACCACGCCGCUGAUAGUUCUGAUGACAGCUCUGGCUCUUUGCCGUCUUUGAUAUAUAGAGGUAGAAGUGAUUCUAUACUCUCGCUGGGCACCUUACUGUACCGUAUUGCACACAGACUCUCUCUUUCAAUGUCAUCCAAUAGCAGGGCAAGGUGUGCAAGAUUCUUCCAAAAAUGUAUCAGUUUCCUAGAUGAGCCAGAUCAUCUGGUGGUGCGUGCACUUGCUCAUGAACAAUUUGCGAGACUCCUGCUUACAUACAACGAGGAGGUGGAGCUGACAUCUGCAGUGCUUCCAAUGGAGUCGGAAGUUACCAUUUCUGAUGCAGAAGAGGAGUCAUUUGAGCUUGCUAGUGGGUUGCCUGCAUCUAUCGUUCAGGAUGUUGUAUAUCCUCCUGUUACAGCUGUCAAACAACUAGAAAGUCCACAAUGCCUGGAACUUUUCACGCAAGAAUGUUCUGGUGAUGCGCCAUUCAAACAGUAUGUAUCUUCACCCGAACUGACUGAAGUGUCCGAUGAGAUGAAGGAGAACGAGAAUCCUCUAUGCAUUGAUGAGAAUGAUGUUUCAGUCCCUAAUUUUCCGAAACAAUCAGACGAUGCUGUGCAGUCUGUGGGCGAUCCAUUAUCGUCUAAGCUGGCUGCUAUACACCAUGUCUCUCAAGCCAUCAAGUCCCUUAGAUGGACUCGACAACUGUACUCUUCUAGAAUGGAACCAAACCUGGAAAAUGAAGAAACCGAGAACAAUCUGUCCCCGUCCAUGGAUUUUUCUGUCUGCGCCUGUGGGGAUCCUGACUGCAUCGAAGUUUGUGAUAUUCGGGAGUGGCUCCCUACAUCGAAGUUGGAUGAGAAAUUGUGGAGACUUGUCCUGCUGCUUGGAGAAUCUUAUCUCGCCCUUGGCCAGGCUUAUAAAGAUGAUGGCCAGCUGUACCAAGCCUUGAAGAUUGUGGACUUAGCUUGCCUGGUCUACGGUUCAAUGCCGCAGGACACAAUGUUUAUCUCUACUAUGGUGUGGACCGGCUCAUUUGCCCACUCGAAUAUGAACGCUCAAAGUGAAGAUAUGACAAACUCCUCCACAUGCGGUGAUGUUUUGUCUUUCGAUGGCCUGUCUUCUAAUUUACUAUUCUGGGCUAGGGCUUGGACGCUGGUUGGGGAUGUUUUUGUUGAGUUCUACUUGAUGAAGGGUCAGGAGACCUCGAUGCAGACGCAGAGGAAAGAAUGUGCCAAGGACCUAAAAAUGUCACGUGAGGUAGUAAAGGAGUUUGUGAGGCUGAAAAAGAAGAUGGGGAAAUUUAAUCAGAACUGCCAAUCGUGCUCUCUUAUAAACUGCAGUUGCAGGAGUGACAGGGCAAGUAGUGGUAGUAGUGCCAGCAGCAGUGGUAGUGGUGCAUACUCGUCAAAUUACAACAAGAAACAGGGCAAAAAAGCAUAUGGCAAAGCCAGCUUGUACGCUCGUAAUAGUGACUGUGAAGGUAGUGUCUCGCAGAAAGUGGACGCCAGGAAUUUUCAUGGUGAAGAAAGAAUUGGGAAUGAAACUUGUAGGAUUGCGGAUGCUAUGGAGGAAAUGGAACUCACCGGAUCUAAAGAAGAUACAGCUCCGAAAAGCUAUUCCAAAGAAGAGUCAGCAGCUAGAACUGGCGGUAUAUUCAAAUACUUGAGGGGUUCUAUAACCAAAGAUGUGGAUUAUAACCUGUCUGUUGCUUGGACUUGUUACGAGGCAGCUCUCAUGGCCAUGCUUGGACUUCCCGCUAGUUCAAUGGAAGUACAGUCUGUACUUAAGAAGAAAGGAUGGACGUGCAAUGAACUAGGACGUUAUCGACUGGAAAUGAAAGACUUGUUAAAGGCCGAAGAUGCUUUCUCGAAGGCAAUUGAUGCGUUUAAACAAGUGGGGGAUUAUACGAACGUGAUCUUGAUCAACUGCAAUCUAGGCCACGGGCGCCGUGCACUAGCGGAGGAUAUGAUCCCGAAGAUCGAAAAUCUCAAGCAACACGCAGUUUUCCAAAAUGCAUAUGUGCAUGCACUUGAGACCGCCAAGUUACAGUACAGUGAAGCCCUCCGAUACUAUGGAGCAGCAAAAACGGAGCUAAAUGCCCAUGGUGCCGAGAAAACGGGUCCCACUCCUGGAGAUCUCAAGAAUGAGGUGUACACACAACUCGCUCAUACACAUCUGAGGCUCGGCAUGCUACUUGCAAGAGAGAACACUGUUGCCAAGGUUUGUGUCUUUGAAGACGGCUCUAUUUCUGGACUUGGUCAAAGUCAGUUCGAGCAUGUGAAUCAUGAAAUCUCGGCAAAUGAUGCAAUACGGGAGGCUCUGGCGAUGUAUGAGGCACUGGGUGACUCGCGAAAGCAGGAGGCUGCGUAUGCACAUUAUCAGCUGGCUUGCUAUCAACGGGACUGCUGCUUGAGGUUUUUUGGCUCGGAUCAAAAGAAGAAUAAUUUGGCUAAAGGGGACAAUAACGGUGUGGUUCAUAAGGUUAAACAGUAUGCCUCACUUGCAGAAAGGAACUGGCAGAAGUCGGUUGAUUUCUAUGGGCCCAAGACGCAUCCCGUGAUGUUCCUCACCAUUCUUGUUGAUAGAUCGGCUUUGUUGUUUAGCCUGUCGAAUUAUCUUCGCUCGAGCUCGCUCCUUGAAUCCGCCCUAACUCGUCUGCUCGAAGCACGUCAUGUAUCUGAGAACACUUCCCUGGCCACCGAAAAUCCCGAGGCCUGUGCUAAAUUCUGGCGCCAGCUGCAAACGCUCCUGAAGAAUAUGCUUGCUUCAGCACGACGAAACGCGUGGGUUCAGGUCCGAGGCUGGUCCGGCGUCGUGCGACUGACUCGCGGUGGUGAGGCUGGAUGCGGCGGCAAGCUCGAGCUGCAGUUGGGAGGCGCGUGGUCGCGAGUUAGGGACGCCGGUGAGAAGGGUUUAUCGUGGGGAGCUCGCCGGCGGCUAGGGUUGCCGGAGGAUGUCCGGAAAUCUGGUCGAAAAAAAUGA